UGGUCCAAUUCCUUCUUCCAUUGGAAACAUGAGCAGCUUGUUGAUCGCACGGCUUUUCAAUAAUCAACUUGUUGGGUCCAUUCCAAAGGAAAUAGGAAUGUUGGGGUCUCUCAGCGAACUUGAUUUAUCAAACAAUGAUCUCAAUGGAUCCAUCCCUACCACUCUAGGAAAUCUCAGUAAUUUGGCAUUUCUUUACUUCUAUGGCAAUCAACUUUCUGGCUCCAUACCCUUGGAAGUCGGAGGAAUGAGAUCCCUCGUACAUUGCCAACUGCUAUACAAUGAUUUAACAGGCCCUAUCCCGCCGUCCAUAGGGAAUUUGACCAAUCUGAAUAUCCUUCAACUUUUCCAAAAUAAGCUGUCUGGUCCUAUCCCGUCGUCCAUAGGGAAUUUGACCAAUCUGAAUAUCCUUCAACUUUACCAAAAUAAGCUGUCCGGUCCUAUUCCCAAAGAAAUAGGAAUGCUCGGGUCUCUCUCUGUUCUCGGGUUUCAUUAUAACAAUUUCUCUGGCUCGAUUCCAUCCACAAUAGGUAACUUAAGCAAGCUCACAAAUCUGCAGCUAGCCAGCAACAAUUUUGUCGGCCAUUUGCCACAUGAUAUUUGCGCUGGUCGAGCUCUUCAAAAUUUUUCUGCGACUGACAAUCACUUUACUGGUCCAAUUCCGCGAGGCCUCAGAAACUGCACAAGUUUGAUUAGAGUCAGGCUCGAGAACAAUCAGCUCAAGGGAAACAUAUCGGAGGGUCUCGGCACAUACCCUUACUUAGAUUAUCUUGGGUUGAGCAACAAUGAACUUUACGGUGAGCUUCCCCCUAGACUCGGUGAGUAUAGCAAUCUGACAAGCCUGACCAUCUCCAACAAUCGAAUCUCAGGCGUGAUACCUUUUGAGGUUGGCAACAUGACCCGAUUACAUAGACUUGACCUCUCUUCAAAUAGCCUUGUUGGGGAAAUUCCCAAAGACCUAGGAAAAUUGACGUCUCUUCUAGAGCUUUCACUCUAUGACAAUCAUCUUGUAGGCAACAUCCCUCAAGAACUUGGAACAUUGUCCGAUCUGUCAAGCAUUAACAUUGCCGGAAAUAACCUGAGUGGCUCAAUUCCCAGGCAACUUGGGGAGUGUUCAAAUCUUCAGUUUUUGAUUUUAAGUAGAAAUGGUCUUGACAGAAGCAUUCCCGUCGAGAUUAGCAAUCUUCAAUCUCUUCAAAUUCUCGAUCUGAGUCAAAAUUUGCUUACGGGAGAAAUACCUGGACAACUUGGGCUAUUGCGCAAAUUGGAGACACUCAAUCUCUCACAUAAUCAGCUCUCGGGUUCCAUUGCGUCGACCUUUGAUGAUAUGGCAAGCUUGACGUCAAUUGACAUAUCGUACAAUGAGUUAGAGGGUGCCUUACCAAACAUUCCAGCCUUUCGUAACGCUACAAUUGAAGUUGUGAGAGGAAACAAAGGCUUAUGUGGAGUUAUUGCUGGUCUCAAUCCAUGUGCAACGACAAGGUCCAAAGGCAAAAACAACAACAAAAGGCUGCUGCUGAUAUUGGUUCCAACUUUAGCUUGCCUACUCUCUUUGCUUCUUGUUGUGGGAGGUUCGAGUAUCGUACGCCGAAGAGUAAGGAAAACAGAGUCUAGUUCGAAAGAUGGAACCAAUGAAAACCCGUGGGCAAUAUUGAGUUUUGAUGGAGGAAUGGCCUACGAGAGCAUUAUUGAAGCUACGGAGGAGUUUGAUCCCAAAUAUUGCAUCGGUGUGGGAGGACAUGGGAGUGUUUACAAGGCCCGGUUGCAAACAGGGGAGACUGUUGCUGUAAAGAAACUUAAGGAAGCAGUGGACGUCGAAAUUGCUAGUCGAAAAGCAUUUGAAAGGGAGAUUCAUGCGUUGACCGAAACUCGGCACCGGAACAUCGUCAAGCUCUAUGGCUUUUGCUUGAGUUCUCGACAUUCAUUUUUGGUGUACGAGUUCUUGGAAUGUGGCAGCUUGAAGGAUGUAUUGAACAAUGAGGAGAGGAUAACAACAUUUGAUUGGAAGAAGAGAUUGAAUGUCGUUAAAGGUGUGGCUUAUGCUUUGUGCUAUAUGCACCAUGAAUGCUCUCCUCCUAUAAUUCAUCGAGACGUAUCGAGCAAGAACGUUUUACUGGAUGCAGAAUACGAAGCUCACGUCUCUGAUUUUGGCACGGCUAAGGUUCUACAAUCUUAUUCAUCCAAUUGGACUUCAUUUGCAGGCACCUUUGGAUAUGCAGCUCCAGAACUCGCAUACACAAUGGAGGUGAACCACAAAUGCGAUGUUUAUAGCUUCGGAGUGGUGACACUAGAAAUAAUCAUGGGAAGACAUCCUGGCGAUCUCAUAUCUUCUCUUGCAUCCUCAUCUUCAUCAUCCUUGCGCCAUUCAACAGCUUCUUGGCCACUGAAAGAAGUGUUAGAUCAAAGAAUUCCAUUCCCGGAAGGUGGUGUGCUCGGGGAAUUGGCUUUCAUGACAAAGAUGGCAUUUUCGUGCUCAAGUCCCAAACCAGAGCAUCGUCCAAGCAUGCAACAAGUUUCUCGAGCGAUAUCGGCACAUAACUCAAUCGUGUUAAGCGCAUCGGAGGACAUCAAAUUGGAAGAGCUAAUUGAUCCUACAUGCUUCACUUAUUGAGAUGUUUUGGUCUUUCUGUUGCAGCCUGUGCACCAAGCUGUCUCCUGUAUUUUAUUUAUCUUAGUCAACUUCAUUAUCUAUCUUUGCAAUGUAUUAUUAAUUAAUGCAAAGCACUUAAGAUUCACUGC